UCCAAACCCCCUUUUGGUUUUGAAGAGGGACGUCACCAUCAUUCAACAAAAAAAAACACAUUUUUUGUUUAAAAAAAAAAAAACGCAUUUUUAAGAAAGAAUUAAAACUGUGGAGCAUUAGCACUGAACUCAACCAUUUCAUGCCAAACAUAAUUGGAGAGAAAAGAUGCACAUCUUCCAGAAACUCUUCAACGGUGGCUUUAGGCAACGGGUUUGGGUGCGUCGUUGCUAUGGUUCUUCACCUGGCCUUUCCCUUGAUGAUUCGUUUUCUUUCAUUCCAAACACUUCCCUGUGCUCAACGAACCUCAACCCACCCCUCAAUUAUGUCUAUCCAGGAACUGCCACUGAAUGCAGAGAUAUGAUCUGGCAGGGGAAACCGGAACAGCGAGCUCCUACUGCCUAUUAUGUCCCUAAUAUGCCUGAACUUAACUCUCAACUGAAGCAACUAAUGAAACUAGGAAAAAUUUGUGAAGCUAGGGAUAUGUUUAAUAAAAUGAGUCACAGAGAUGAGAUUUCAUGGACAAAUUUAAUAGCGGGUUAUGUCAAUGCCGCAAACUCGAAUGAAGCAUUGAUCUUAUUCUCAAAUAUGUGGGUCGACUCUGGACUUCAAAAGGAUCAAUUCGUGGUUAGUGUUGCCCUCAAGGCUUGUGCACUUGGCAUGAAUGUAUAUUUUGGAGAAUUAUUGCAUGGAUUUUCAGUGAAAUCUGGUUUGAUAAACUCAGUUUUUGUCAGCAGUGCCCUUGUAGACAUGUACAUGAAAGUAGGAAAAACGGAACAAGGGUGUAGUGUCUUUGAAAAUAUGACAACAAGAAAUGUAGUAUCAUGGACUGCCGUUAUUGUGGGGCUUGUACAUGCUGGUUGCAGUUUGGACGGACUAUCAUACUUUUCAGAAAUGUGGAGGUCAAAAGUGGGCUAUGAUUCACAUACAUUUGCUGUUGCUUUAAAGGCAUCUGCUGAAUCAGGUUUGUUACAUUAUGGGAAAGCCAUACACGCACAAACAAUAAAACAAGGGUUCAAUGAAACCGCGUAUGUUGUUAAUACUCUUGGUACCAUGUAUAGUAAAUGUAGGAAACCAGACUAUGUCAUGCGAUUAUUUGGAAAAAUGAGUACCCCAGAUGUAGUUUCAUGGACGAACCUUAUUAUGACUUAUGUACAGAUGGGUGAUGAAGAACGUGCAUUGGACGCAUUUAAAAGAAUGAGAAAAUCUGAUGUCAGCCCAAAUGAGUACACUUUUGCAUCUGUAAUUUCUGCGUGUGCAAAUCUCGCUAUUACUAAAUGGGGGGAACAAAUACACGGCCAUGCAUUGCGUCUAGGUUUGGUAGAUGCCUUGUCGGUAUCAAAUUCUAUCAUCACUCUUUAUUCAAAAUGUGGGCUGUUACAGGAAGCUUCAUUGGUAUUUGAUGGUAUGACUAGAAAAGAUAUUAUUUCUUGGAGCACUAUAAUUUCUGUUUAUUGUCAAGGAAGUCACGCAAAAGAAGCUUUUAACUAUCUAUCAUGGAUGAGUAGGGAAGGUCCGAAACCAAACGAAUUUGCCCUUGCUAGUGUUCUGAGUGUUUGUGGAAGCAUGGCACUUCUUGAGCCAGGUAAACAGGUGCAUGCCUAUGCCCUGUGCAUUGGCUUAGAUCAUGAAACAAUGGUUCAUAGUGCUCUAAUUAGUAUGUAUUCAAGAAGUGGAAAUCUACAAGAGGCUUCAAAAAUCUUUGAUAGUAUAAAAAAUAACGACAUUGUAUCAUGGACUGCAAUGAUUAAUGGGUAUGCCGAGCAUGGCUACAGCCAAGAGGCUAUUAGCUUGUUUGAGAACAUUUCCAGUGUUGGUUUAAUGCCGGAUUAUGUGACGUUUAUUGGUAUUUUGACUGCUUGUAACCAUGCUGGAUUGGUUGAUCUUGGUUUCUACUACUAUAAGUUAAUGACUAAUGAGUACCAGAUCGCUCCUUCAAAAGAGCACUAUGGUUGCAUAAUUGAUCUUCUAUGCAGAGCAGGGCGGUUGAGUGAAGCUGAGCAUAUGGUACGAAACAUGCCAUUCCCUUGUGACGAUGUCGUGUGGUCUACCUUACUCAGAGCAUGUAGGGAUCAUGGGGAUCUUGACCGAGCAAUAUGGGCAGCUGAACAGAUGCUUCGCUUGCAUCCAAAUUCUGCUGGAGCUCACAUCACUCUGGCUAACAUAUAUUCUGCCAGUGGAAGGAGGGAGGAAGCAGCACAUGUAAGGAAGCUAAUGAAGUCAAAGGGAGUAAUAAAGGAGCCUGGAUGGUCUUGGAUUAAUAGCAAUGACCAAUUGAAUACAUUUGUUGCUGGGGUUCAAUCUCAUCCACUAAGUAAACAAAUAACAACCAUUCUGGAAUUACUAAGAACAAGUAUAGGAGAUGCUAGGCUGGAUUUCGGUUCUAUUGUAGAAGAUGUUGAAGACUAGCAGAGGAUGCUGAGAAUACCUUUCUGUCAUCAAAGAAAAGGGCUGCUGAACAGGAGCUCAGUCGAGACAUUCCUCUUCUUGAUGAGGAAGAUGCUUGUGGCCUUGCUGCUGGAACUUUCAAGAGAGUUAGUGAUGACAUUCUGGCAACAAAAGUAUUCUAUGCCAUUCCAAAUCACACUCUACUUUCAAGAGAAUCAGUGAUGGCUUUUGAUUCUAGCUAUAUAUUGUGUAUGCUUGUUGAGAAAUGAUUAAUUAGCAACGAAAGCUUGCGCAAAGAUCAGAAAGAGUAAAGUCUGUGGAUCUACAUCCAACAGAACCAUGAGUUGUGAUUGGCUAUGAUGAAGGAACUAUAAUGGUCAAACUUGGUCGAGAAGAAUCUGUAGCUAGCAUGGACAACAGCGGGAAGAUCAUUUGGGCUAAGCAUAACGAGACUCAAACUGUCAAUAUUGAGUGUAUGAGCAGAUGCGGAGAUUGCUGAUGGAGAAAGGUUACCAUUGGCUAUUAAGGAGUUGGGCACCUGUGAUCUUUAUCCACAAUUGACUGAACAGAAUGGAGAAGAGGAAUAUACUGAGGAGCAGGAAAUACACAUUGGAGAGGAAGGAAGCCAAGAGGAUGCAGUCGUAGUUGAUGCCGAUUCUACUGACGGUACAGUUCUCGUUAAUGGUAACGAGGCUGAUAAAGAGUUGAGUACUAAUAAAGAAGGAUAAAAGCAUUUGGUUGGGACAGCGUGAAAAUCCAAAUUUUGUCUCUGGUGAUCGAUUGUUUCUAUGCUAGGAUCUCUUCUCUUGUCGUAAAUACCUAGUUUUCGUAUAUGAUACCUGCAAACAAACUUUCUAUGUCAUUUUUCCUUACUAUAUUAUUUGCCAUAGUAAUGAAUGUCUUUUAAAUUUCGGAUUUCCGUUUCAAA